AUGACAACCGUAAUUGUUCAACAGCAGCAUUCUCUGCGCCAUUCAACCCCACCUCCUACAUCUCCCAUGGCUCCAUCACUUGCGGUCAAUGCCGUACCUCGACAAAGUCCAGUCUCGAGACACUUGCCUGUGUGCCCCGCGGGACCUUCGCCAGAGUCAUCUCCAGAGUCUUCAAGUUCUCCAUUUUCUUACCAUUCGUCAGAUUCUCAAGAUUCUGCCAAACCCUCUUCACUUCUUAUCUCCCCCGAUCAAUCAACUCGCCUGACACCUGCUUCAUCACCGAUAUUUGCCAUCGAUGCCGAAACUCUUUCUGCCGCACUCAAUCACCAGGCAUCGCUGCCUUUGCCUGAUCCUGAACAAAUGUUCCCGUGGAUUCACGGCCUUCAUCCCGACAACCACCUACAGUUGGGUUUCUUCUUGGGCCGCAAACGUGGUCAUCGGGUUCGUAGAACGCCCAAGUGCUGGCGAGGUAUCACAUUGGUCAAACUGGGCGGGGACCUGCGCAAAGCGCGCAUUAAUGGUGCUGUGGGCCCUGAUGAGGUGAUCUCCAUCAGAGACCGCUUUAUGGUUGCGGACGGGCUGUUGGAGGGAUUCUCUGUUCGGAACUUUGAUAUACAAACCUCCAAAAUGGCGACCUUGUCAGAUAUCGUCAUCUACGGGGAGGAUAGUGUCCAACAAUCGGAACUUAUCAAGUUGGCAGAGAGGUUCGGAGUGGCUCAGAAAGCCUGGCAAAACAAAUACGAUCCUCUGCACGAGCACCCACCUUACAACUGCUUUGUGCUGACGAGCUCCUUCACCGAUUUUGAGAAGAAGUUCCCACAUUUGGUGGCUGUUAAUUCAAUGGGUGAGACUACCGGCCAGGUCACCGACUUUGGUCAAUGCGAAAAAUUUGAGAUGCGUAGUAUGGCGAAAGCGUCGGAAAUCUCAAAAAAUGUCUGGCUUGGUCCGACGCCUGACUGGAUGUUGAAAUCAGGAGGUGAAGCAUCAAAGGAGGUUACAUACGACCUGAUGAUUGAAACAAACGAUCUGUCUAGCAUCCCUGGUCCUCGAUACCUUUCCAUGAUUGAUAAAAAACUUGAAGAUGGCCCCCAGCGCAUGGAUUUCCCCUCUUCGGGCGCUAUCGUGCUUCCAUCGGAAAAAUCAGAAAAUAAUCGAGAAGUGCAGGACCUCAUCUCCACCCUUCGUUGGAUUUACUACCUUGCCAACCCUGAUGAGCCUGCAGAGGCACAGGAAAAAGACAGCGGUAUGGGCCUGAGCAUCAGUCACUCGGAAUUGAAGCCACGCAAGGUGCUCAUCCAUUGUCCCGAUGGAUACACAGAGAGCUCAUUGCUUGCUGUUGCAUACUUCAUGUUUGCUCAAAAUGUUCCCGUUCAUGAAGCUUGGAUGAGAUUGCAUUGUGAAAAGAAGCGAAACUUUUUCGCUUAUCCCAUUGACAUGCAGCUUCUGAAGCUUGUUCAGCCUCGUAUUCUGCAGGAAUCUCCGGCUCCAAUCACUUCCAACUCUACGCAUAUCUGGGAACCUAGCUGGUUCGGUACUGUAGACGGUUCCUUGCCCAGUCGCAUUAUGCCAUACCUUUACCUUGGUAAUAUCAACCAUGCCAACAACCCAGAGAUGUUGUGGGAACUUGGAAUCCGGCAAGUUCUGAGUGUUGGUGAGCCGUUGAAUUGGAGCAAGGAGGAACGUGCUGUUUGGGGACAAGAAAGUCUGUUGUACAUCGAUGAUGUACAAGACAAUGGUAUCGACCCCCUAUCCCCGGAAUUUGCUCGAUGCUUGAAGUUUAUUGAAAAUUGCAAGCAUGAUGGUAGUGCCACACUGGUUCAUUGCCGCGUCGGUGUUUCCCGGUCUGCCACCAUCUGUAUUGCUGAAGUGAUGCAGGCCAUGAGCCUCUCGUUCGCUCGAGCUUAUUACGAGCUUUUGCAAUGGGAAGAGCUUCAAAUGCGCAAACGCAAAAUUCCUCUCAAACGUGAGCUAGAGUGGGCAUCCGUCUGCCACGAGAUAGCCUUGCUCAACAAGCCAUACGCAAGGACCUAA